CGUAGGGUUAACAAAUUAGUGACUUGAAGCUUAGCGUUACAUUAACAGGCUACCUUACCAACAUAGAUUUAUCUGCAAAUAUCCCGUGUUCCCUUUUGCCCGUUUUAUUUUUUUCAUAAUUAAUUUAAAAGGUAGGAUUUUCUGCUCGCCAAAUAAGAUGGAGCUUCAGAAAAUCAUUCAUGAAGCGUUAUACGAUUUCGUUCUAUCACACAUACCGCACGCAGAUCUGAGCACUCUAGACGACGUGCUACUGUCAUACAUUACUGGUGUGUUAGAAGAUUUGGGAUCACAGGCUAGCGUUGAGGAGAACUUUGAUGUUGAGGUCUUUGUUGAGAUGCUUGAAGCUUACAUUCCAGGCUUUUCUGAUAUUGACAGUGUUCAGGUCUGUGAAAUGAUGUUCAGUCUUGCUUCAAAAUUGGCUUCAGCACGGAACCCAGAAUCCCUUGAGUUACAAACGGGAGAAAGGAAUUGUCCCAUGACCCCUGAUUUAGCCCACGGAGUUUCAGUACCAAAGCUUCAUGGUCACGGGUCACCAGUAGAAGGAGCCACAGCCAAGAUGAGCACUUCUGAGUGGGAUGAACAAGAGCACCUUUUGGAGAUGUUUCCUAAGUGCAGUGUGACGGAAGCCAGGAGUGCAUUGUCUAUCGCUAAAGGAGACAUGGAAGAAGCUGUGAGACUUAUCAUUGAAGGAGAUGUACAGCUCAAUCACACUCCUCUCGGCGCAAAUCGAGGAAAGAACAUUUCUACACAGGCGGAUGAGAAGCUUAAAGCUAGCAUUUUAGAAAAAUAUAUGCUGGUAGAUAGCGAGGAAGACAAGAAAAUCCACCGACCAGUCAUACCAAAAGAUGCCCCAAAGAAGCUGGUGCGUUACCAUGGCAACCAAGUGGUGACUACUAAGGGGGAGCGCUACCAUCUGGUUAAGAAAGAUGAAACGGAGGAUAUGAAAAAGACUUAUGUUAGCCUCAAACCAGCUCGCAAAUACCGCUUUCAUUGAUGAGCAUCCAGCGCGUGUGCAGUUAUGUUAAUAAAAUGCAAAUAUCUUAAUUUGUUUUAAAUUAUUUGAGUUUCCUUCUUUUUGGAUAAUUCUGUUCUAAUUGGAGUGAUCACUUCAAGUUUCAUACCUUUUCCCUUUUUUUAAUAUAUAUUUUUGUACUAACACCAGUUUAAGGUAUACACUUUACUGAGACUAAAAUUGGACAUGUAAUGGGGUAUUUAACAAAAAAAAAACAACUUCUAAAUGGCUUUUUUUUUUUUUUUUUUUUUUCUUUUUUUUACCAUGUCUUGUGCAUUUUUAAUUCCUGGGAGUUACCCUAAUGCUCUGAAGCUUAUACAAUUAUUCACUUUUUUUUUUUUUAUGCAAAUAUUUAUUUACAGAAGGAUUAACAGAUUUCAGGUUAUUAGUAUAAAUUAACUCAAGCUGGGCUCAAAUUGUAUUUAGCGUAAAUCACAUUUCAUUUAAAUUGACAAGUCCUUCAUUUGACUUAUUUAUUCUGUAUUAGAAGUAUUGUGUACUUUGGUGCUAAGAACCCUGCAUGUUGUGUGUGUGUGUGUGUGUGUGUGUGUGUGUGUGUGUGUGUGUGUGUGUGUUUUGGUUUUGUUUUGGGGUUUUUUUGUGAUUGGAUGCAGACAGUUCAUUUACAGCGUUUCACAUUGUCUUAGCCAGAGCAACUUUGCAUAUUUAUCGGUAUGACAAAAUGUGUGCUCACUGGGAAUCAAACCCAUGACCUUGGUGAUGUUAGCACCUUGCUCUACCUUAAUGUUCAUUAUUCAUAACUACUGUUUUAUUAAUGUACUAUAUUUGUAACUGUGUUGGUGUCAUGCUUGUAUUCAAAUUGUGCUGUGUCUCAGGUGAUAGCUGCUAUUACCAUUCAUGAAACUGCAAAUAAGGUGAGAGGUUGGGAUACCAAAAUCUGUAAACUUACAAGAACAAUAUCAGUACCCUUCUAUGGAAUCAACACUACCAUCAGGAGCAGGGACUAAUGGGCACCUGUGGGCAUUAUGGUUUAAAUACUAGCAGGUAUUUUGUUCAAUAAAGCAAAA